UUGGCAGGAACCUUUUUGGAGCUAAAGUCAGGAGGUGCCUCGAUCUUCUCCGGCGUCGCAAGGGUGUCGCUCUCCUCUUGCUGGUCAUUGUGCUCGCUAGAUCCCUUCACACGCUGAACAUCAAGAACAGAAACACGAUGGCUCCGCUGUCUUUCCUCAAGUCCUGCUUCGGCUUCGCCGGAAGUAACGCUCACAGUAAAGCGCAAGACUCUACCGGCGAAGGCACUAGUGCUCUCCUCGACUCGGCAGGAACGAACACCCGUUCAACAUCGUCUGGACGCCCUUGCAUCUUUUGCAAUAUACCGCCCAUGAGCGACCCAAAUUCGCCUUUCAAGGUGGUGAUGGAGAAUGAGGAGGCGGUCGCGUUCCAUGAUCGAUCACCAAAGGGCGUGCUGCACUUGCUUGCUGUACCGAGGGUGCACGUUAAAGACGUCAAGGCGCUCCAGGGGGCUGAAGGUGCCGCGAUGGUACAACGUCUCGUAGACAUCGGUACGCAAGCUCUCGACCUCCUAGAAAGUCAGCGACCUUCCUCCUCCCCUGAUACUCGCUCAGAAUCAAAGCGUCGUCUUGGCUUCCACGUCCCGCCCCUCACCUCCGUCUCCCACUUGCACCUACACUGUCUCGUCGAGCCCCUCAGCAUGCUUGGUCGCAUGGAGUUCCCUGUGGCGCCUGCGAAACCGGAGGCGAAGCCUCCCUUGUUGAAGGGGUAUAGCUGGUUUGUUGAGGCGGAGCAGGCGAGGACAAUUUUGCAGAGUGGGAAGAAGGUGACUGUUGGAAAGGUGACGGCUUGAGAUGGAAGAGUAGAACGAAUCAGAGAGGGGAAAAGCAGUGUCCCCUCGAUGGACAGAUAGAUACGGCAGUAGACUCGAAGA